UUCCUCUUCACAUUUAGGAACUUUUUCUAUCAGAAACAUCUCAGUGUGGCACGGAGAACUCAUGUAGGGGUUAGUCUGCCAUGGGCCCUAUAAAUUCUACACCGCAUCUUGGAUGCUUUGUUCACCUGGAUAUCUCAGUGAUCAUCUACAUUCAGACCCGACCGCAAGCCUUCACAGCAGCAGUAAGUGGCUGGUUCCCGAUGUCUUCCGGGGCACACUGACACCCGUCGGGGAUGGCGUCGGAGGCGGAGAAGACGCGGGCUUUGCUGCAGUCUUGUGGUGCCGAGUCUCUUCUUUCCAGCCUUGGCUUGGGUGUAUUUUGCCUAGUGGUCGACAGACUUCUUCAGUUUUCCAUAAUUCAGCAAAACGACUGGCUUCGUGCCCUGUCAGAUAAUGCAGUGCACUGUGUGAUUGGCAUGUGGUCCUGGGCGAUUGUCAUUGGCAUCAAGAAGAAGACUGACAUUGGAGAAAUCAUUGUAGCAGGACUUCUCGCCUCUGUGAUUGACAUAGACCACUUCCUCCUAGCUGGAUCCCUUUCUCUAAAGGCUGCUUUGAAUCUUCCACGAAGACCUUUCCUUCACUGUUCUACUGUGAUACCUGUUGUGGCCCUGACCCUGAAGUUUAUUAUGCACAUCCUCAAGCUCAAAGACUCUUGGUGCUUCCUCCCCUGGAUGUUAUUUCUAUCCUGGACCUCACACCAUAUUCGAGAUGGAAUUCGCCAUGGCUUGUGGAUAUGCCCAUUUGGAAAAACUUCUCCUCUGCCAUUCUGGCUUUAUGUAGUAAUCACAGCAUCUUUACCGCACAUCUGUUCAUUUAUUAUGUACUUAACUGGAACCAGACAAAUUAUGUCUUCCAAACAUGGGAUUCGUAUUGAUGUCUAAGGUAAACCAUGUGGCUGACUUAGAGAAGCAAAUAGUUCAGACAGGACAGUUAAAAGUAGCUAACAUUAAAGCAAAUUUAAAUUAAAUCUUAAUACUAUCAUUGUGUUUCUUCUAAAACACUAUAGUGCAAUUUCAGACAAUCACUUAUGCUAUGCCAUAUUUUUAUUAUUCUCUUUAGCUAUAAGCCUAUAAUGCUAUUAGAUAAGCAUCUACUUAUGUUUCUAGAAGUGUACUGUUGCUGUAGUCUACUUGUGAUGAAAAAGAACUCAGAUUUUUAGGGACUAAUUAAUGGGAGGUUAGUUUAUAUUUGAGCCCACUAUUUCAGGAGAUAUUAAAAUAGUGAGAAAGUUGAAUGAAAUGAGAUUGUGAGGGGACUGGAGCAAUACAGCAGGCAGUGGUGCUUGCCUUGCGCGUGGCCAACCUGGGUUCAAUCCCCAGGUCCCCAUAUGGUCCCUGGCAGAGCCGAGUAUAAGCUCUGAGCACCACAAAUAAAAUAAAAGAGAUGUGACUAAGAUAUAUGAAUAAUAUCAUUUAUUUAUUCUGUAUUAAUACUGACUAAAAUUUAGUUUUCGUAGUACAUUAGUGAGUUGUGACUUACACAGUUUCAGAAUAUUUUUAAAUCAUAAUAUUUAUAAAAUAAAAUAAUAUUAGAUGCAGGUUAUUGUUUCUAAAAUUGUCACUGUCAUCCCAUUGCUCAUCAAUUUGCUCGAGCGGGCACCAGUAAGUCUCCAUUGUGAGAUUUGUUGUUACUGUUUUUGGCAUAUCAGAUAUGCCACAGGUAGCUUGCCAGGCUCUGCUGUGGGAGCGAGAUACUCUCAGUAGCUUUCUGGGUUCUCCGAGAGGGGCGGAGGAAUCGAACCUGGGUCAGCCGCGUGCAAGGCAAAUGCCCUAAAAUUACUUUAGAAAAUAAUAGCUGUAAAUGUUAGCUCUAGUAACAUCUUACUGAAGUUUUUUUUUCACUAUGAAUCUCAUGGUUUUAACUAUUUUUUAAAAAACAUAAUUAAAUCUAGCAAAAUAUUUAAAAUUGGCAAAAGAUUGGCCUGGGAAGAUAGUUCAAAGGGCUGGAGCACAUACUUUGCAUAUGCAAGAACCAGGUUCAAUUCCUUAUAUCACACUGGGCCCCCAACCCAUGCUUGGAGCCACCUCUGAGCAGUGAACCAAGCAUAGACCCUAGGACCACCAAGUGUGGCUCAGCCUCCUCCAAAUUAACACAAUUAUGAUAUUUGACCAUAGUUAUGGAAUUUUAAAUCACAUGCAAAGGACCUAGCACUGAUGUCAUUUUAAAUUGCCAUUAAAAUUGCGUGAAGUGCAAUCAGUUUGUACAUACCAUUCUAAAAUGUAUCAGUUUGUUUAUUUUAACGAGCCUGAGGGGAGGCAUCUUCAAAAUAGAUUUCAGAAAUUGACUGUUUUCUUUGUUGUUUCAGGUUAAUCUGUUAAAAAUGAUUAACAUUUAUUAGAGAAGGGGAAUUUCGUUGCUCUAAGUGUCACAUUUUAAAGUUUGUCAUUUUGAUAGAAGAGCCCUCAAUGCAGCAGCUUUGUUGGUAGCAUAUUAGACCCUCGGCUGUCUUUAAUUUUUUUUUUUUUUUAGAAAUUGUGGUAUGUAAUGCUAGUAAUGGUGUGCCUUAUUCUCUGAGAAAUGAUAAAGCGAUGCCUUAUCCAAAGUAGGUUUGUUCUGUUUAUUAAGAUACAGAGAUAACUGUAAAUUGUUAUGAUGGUUCCGGUCUUUGGCUUUUCUUUUUGUUCUUAACCAUUUGAGACUAUCAUAUUUUAUAAUCUUCUAUCUCAUACUUUAUUGUCUUGAAGAGCAAUUAUUUUAUAAUUGCUUAGUAUAAUUUUAAGCUUUGUGUUGGGGUAAAUUUUUAUUACAAUGAAGAUUUUUUUUUUUUAUGCAUCUCAUUUCAGAAACUGUGGAAAUAAAACCUAGUGCUUAAGAGUGAUAGAUAGUACAACAGGUAAGGUGCUUACCUUGCAGCCAUGGUCCAUCCCUGGCAUCACUUAUGGUCCUCUGAUCUCUGCCAGGAGUGGUCCCUGAGUGCAGGGCCAGGAGUAACCCUGAGCACAACAGGCAUGACUGCCAAAUGAAAAGCAAACAAAAAAUAAUUCUUGUGUAACUUGUGUAAAGCUACUUUUAGGGGAAGUUUCUUUGUUUCUCUGUUUUAAAGGGAUAUCAUUAAAAUAUUGGGCCUUCUUUCAAAUGAUCACAUUGGUAUUUUGGGGCUCACCAUAACUUUCCCUCUUAGAGUGGACUUUUACUUUGACCAUGAAUCCUUGUUUUAAAAAUAUAUGCAAAUUUUGAGUGUUUGUUUUGUUUCACCCCCACUGUAAGAAAUGUGCCAUGUUGUGUAAAUGGUUUUGAAAAGCCAUAGUUGUAACCUCAAGAAAUAUAGCAACUGGGUUCCCAUGGCACUGUUUUGCUCCUAUACCAGUGAAGGAGUUUGUGCCAAUAAAUCAUACUGAAUGCUGGA